AUGACAAUCCAUUAUAAUUGCCAUUCCGAUGAUAAUGCGAAGACCCGAUCAAAGAUCAACAAUAUCGAUAAUUUCACCACCUCGAUAUCAAAGUACCCAUUCUUAUACCCGUACUGCAACCAAUACCAGACCCACAUCACCAACAAGCACUGGCAAUUACGGGCCCUUGUCAAAUUCGAUUCACAGAGUGCCGAUCGAGCGUAUUAUGCUUACGAGAAUGAAAUCCGCGCUGUUGAUUUGCUAACCGGGGACACCAAGAAUGUCACCAGUGGCCAUUUCCCCGUAAAGUGUUUUGCCGAAUCUGAUGGGUUGAUCAUCAGUGGUGGCCUGAAGAGUGGAGACAAGUCUCAAGGGUUGGUUGAUGCUUAUAAUGUGCAUACUGGUACGGAAUUGGGGUUCCAAGUAGGAGAAGUGAUCAAUAACGCCGUCACGGUGGAUAAGUUGAACAACGGCCAGUUUUGCUCUUUUGUCUGCAAUAAUGACCAGAACUUGUAUAAGUUGGAUAUCAGUAAUUCGGCAAUCAAGUUAGUGAAUAAAUUGAAUAUUGGGUAUCAGUUGAACUAUUCGUGUUUGUCGAACGAUGGGCGAAUGGCUUUGGUUUCCGGGGACUCCAACAAGAUCACCAUGGUAUCGCCCAAGAGUGGCGAAGUAAUGCAUAGAAUCCAUACUGAUACAAAGCACGAUGAUUGUGGAUUCUCGAUGGAAUUUCAAACGUCGGAUGCUUAUUUUGCCGCAGCGUUCCAACUGGGGAAAACUUUUUUGUACGAUGUUCGGAAUUUGCAAGAUGCGAUUCACGUUUUCCAUUCGACCAAGCCGGAAGGGAAAACCGAUGGAGCGUUUAGACAUCUUAAGUUCACCAAUGGGGCUACUGACGAUUAUCUUUUCAUCACGGAGCACCAAGGAAAGGUUCAUAUUGUGGAUAUUCGGAACUUUGAAAAUCAUCGGAUCAUCACAAUCCCUACAAUGUACGAACAAUCAUCGCAUCCUGGUGAUGAUACAAAUAAUACUAAUGAUGAUGAUCACAACAAAGAUGAUAACGGUGAGCUAAUUUUUUCAUCAAGGAACAUUAACAAACCAUUAGUUGUCCCUGCGAUGCAACCGCCCUCGCCAAUGGAUAGGCUCAAUUUCCCAAUAAUUAAUGAUUAUCAUGAUGUUAAGUAUACCAAGCACAUCAAGUUACAGAAAUAUUAUCAUUCAAGUGGGAAAGUCAUCAAUGAUUACUCGUUUCCUCCAAUUAAUUCUGUCGCCGGCAAUAGUAACUCAACCCAGGGGAAGUAUGACUUGAGCCAAUAUAGUUAUAUUUCAGAUUAUGAACAGUAUCAUGAUUCAAAAUACGAUAUCCUAGGAAUGGAUUGGAAAUCCAAUCAUCAUGGAUCGAGGUUGAUCGUCGCGGGGAAGUCAUCGAUCACUAAAUGGGAGAUUGAUUGUUGGAGUAGAAGAGGGUUUGGAGAUUUUGAAUUCUCAUAA